AUGAUUAACUCGUCGCUGGUAGUAAAUGUACUCGACGCUGUGAUUGCAGCUGCGUCAUUCACCUUGCGCUCUACUUCAGUUCUGUUUGUCCGUUUCCACCCCAUCGGGAAACGAUAUCUGGAUCGAAUCUAUGGGAGCUUUAUCAUAUUUCUGAUUGCAUUCAGCGCAGAGCUAGCUCUGCUGAAAUACAGCAAGCCUCGGCUCAAAAGACACAUAAUUUCCGCCCCAGUGCUUGCUAUCGUUGAUAGAGGCAGGCCUUUGUUCACGUUGAGCGGCUUCCUUAUCAAUUUGGCGUGUCUUGUUGCUGUUCUCGACUUUCUCUUCAGAGGCCAACUUCUGCAUCAAAGUGAUGAAUUGUUCUUCUCUCGUAUGGGGUUUGUUGAUCACUCGACGGCUCGGAUUGUAUUGAGGGCCCCUAUCUCCGAUUAUGUUGAGAUCCGAGUCACUUCAGGUUAUGAUGAGCAAGCAGGCACCGAAAGACUCAUAUCCGUCUUAUUGAGUCCAGAUUCGGAUUAUGUCGGGACAGCCCUUAUAGAAGGUCUCAAGCCAAACACUUCUUACACAUACUCAACCAAUGCAAGCCAUUCUGGCUCGUUUCGAACCUUGUCUCAACCAGGCACCGGGCUGAAGCCUUGGAGUCUUGUUUCAUCAAGCUGCAUCAAGCCAUUCUACCCGUACAACCCUUUAGACCAUGGUCUUCGAAUCAAAGGGCUUGAACACCUAAGCAACUACCUUUCAGAGAGUCCAGUGGAUAUGGUACUAUUUCUCGGCGACUUUAUCUACAUCGAUCUCCCCAUUCCGUUAGGGUGGGAUGCUGAUGCAUACUCGGCGGCAUAUCGCCAGGUAUAUGCCUCCCCUUCCUGGUCUUCUCAGCUUCGUUCAACCCCUUGGAUACAUGUCUAUGACGAUCACGAGAUUAUCAAUGACUGGGCAGGUAAUGACACGGGGCUUUACAAGACGGCGAUGCAGCCAUUCUGGAACUACCAUGGAAACGCGAACCCACUUUCAGAGUAUGGCGCAGACAAGACGUAUUAUACCUUUCGAUAUCAAGGAGUAGCAUUCUUUAUCCUUGAUACCAGGCGAUAUCGGUCCGACAAUGCAAUGGCUGAUGGGCCCGAGAAAACAAUGCUCGGUGCAGCCCAGCUUGCUGCUUUGAAAGAGUGGCUCACAUCCGAGUCUGAUUGGAAAGUCGUAGUCAGCAGCGUGCCUUUUACGAGGAAUUGGAGGGGACCAGACUCGGCGGACAGUUGGUCAGGCUUUCUCUGGGAGCGGGAUUCUAUUCUGGAUAUGAUGAAGCAGAACGGCGGCGCUGUUAUUCUCAGUGGUGAUCGCCAUGAACAUGCUACAACAUUGUUCCCUGCAAAGGCCAAAGGUGACAAGCCAGUUAUCGAGUUCUCCACUUCGCCAUUGAACCAGUUCUACGAACCGUUCGAUAGGUUUCACAAGGAGAUAGAGGACACUGAUGUGUCAGUUUACUCACAUCCCUGGGGCUCUUCGAAAUUCGGAAAGGUCACGUUUGACACUACACAAGCAGGCAGACUACUUGUCCAUUAUGACCUAGUUGUAGAUUGUGUCAAGGUAUGGGGAUACGAUUGGGAAUCUCAACGAUAUUAA